AUGUAGCACAGGCUCAGAGGGUGAUGUCAGCUUUUCUAGUGAAAGGGGGUCGACAUUACUGCAAAGUAUUAGAAUACACGGGAGGAGGUAACAAUAAACCGGAGUACCCCUGCUUCAACACUGCAUUCUGCAAGUCUGUUGUGGCUAGAGAAAGAGCCUCCAACAACCAUGGAUAGCGAUGACGAAAAUAUGGAAGAAAUCGUCGAAGGCCCCCUUGACGAGGACGGCCAGCCGCACGGCUUCUGCACUGUCAUGUAUUCAUCCAGCGACCGUUUCGAGGGCAGGUUCGUCCAUGGGGAGAAGAACGGCCGAGGGAAGUUCUUCUUUUUCGACGGGAGCACGCUGGAGGGGUUCUAUGUGGAUGAUGCCCUGCAGGGCCAAGGCAUCUACACCUAUGAGGACGGAGGCGCUCUGCACGGAACCUACGUGGACGGGGAGCUGAACGGCCCCGCCCAGGAGCUUGACACAGACGGUCGCAUUGUCUUCAAGGGCCAGUACAAGGACAACAACCGCUGUGGCAUCUGCUGGAUCUACUACCCCGACAGGGGUGGGGUAGUGGGGGAGGUCAAUGAGGACGGCGAGAUGACUGGCAGCAAUGUGGCGUACAUGUAUCCUGAUGGCAAGACGGCCCUGUGCGGCAGCUUCGUAGACGGAGAGCUGAUCGAGGCCAGGCUCGCCAUUCUGUCUUCGGUGGAGAAUGAACGUCCACACUUCAACAUCAUGCCCGACAAGUAUACAGCCUUCUUGGAGAAGGUGGGAGGGGUACUGGAUGGCUCAGCCAUCUGGGAGGAGCCAGUUGAGGUGGUUCAGGCACGUUCACCUGGGAGGAGACCCAGAGGUGGAACCAGGACACAUUGGAGGGAUUAUAUCUCUCAGCUGGCCUGGAAUUGCCUUGGUAUCCCUCGGGAAAAAGUUGGAGGAAGUUGCUGGGGCCCAGUCUACAGAUAUGACAAGUCCACCUCUUCCUGCAUUGCUGCCCAUGGAUUGCUGCCUGAUCCCUAUGAGACCCAAAGGGUGUAUGUGGCAGACUCUUUAAUCUCAGGGGCAGGGGAGGGGCUGUUCGCUAAGACCGACGCAGAGCCUAACACCGUGAUGGCCUUCUACAAUGGGGUCCGCAUCACGCAUUCGGAGGUGGACAGCCGGGACUGGUCCCAAAACGGCAACACGAUAUCUCUCGACGAGGACACUGUGAUCGAUGUACCAGAACCCUUCAACAGCACUGAUAAAUACCGUGCUUCACUGGGGCACAAGGCUAACCACUCCUUCACUCCUAACUGCACCUACGAACCGUUCCUCCACCCUCGUUUUGGACCCAUCAAGUGCAUUCGUACAGCUAGGGCGGUACAGCGAGAUGAGGAGCUGACGGUGGAAUACGGUUACGACCACGUAGGGAAGAAUGGGCCUGAAGCGCCCAGCUGGUACAAGCAGGAGCUGCAGAUCUUCCAGGGCGCUCUGACACACCAUUCGGAGUGAGACGCACGCCCGUCCCAACCCCUCAGUACCUCAAAUCCUCAACAACUGAACCUCUCAACAGUUCAAACCCUCAGACCCUCAAGCUGUCAACCCUCAAUUUAGCAACCUUUCAACCCUCAUUCCCUCAGCCCCUCAAUCCCUCUGCCUCUCAACUCCUCACCACAAGCAUGGUCCCACCAGGGACUAGUGAGACGGGCAACGCUUUCCAACACACAAGCUCGCACACUCGUGCACACAAACACCGUGGAACUAUGCACUACUGACCAACCAGGGAGUCUAUCCAUCUCUCCCUGUGGCCACACUUUUGCUAACAUUUCAAUGUACAAACCAGUCGGUUGUUUUCUUUGAUUUACUGGACACCUUUAAAUUUUGUGCCUCUUUUGUUUCCUGUUUCCAAAAUGGAUGGUGAUUAUCCUGGGGGUGAUGCUGCGUAGCAAUUACUUUAAAAUUUCAGGUCCCAUGAAACCGUUUAGAAUUUUUUUUUUUUUCUGAUUUCCUCAGACCGCGCAUUGGAAGUACCUCAGACCUCCUAACUGGCAAAACACAGCCCUGUUUGCAUUUAUCACUGGUGCUUUUCUGUAUGGUCAACGGCAUUCUUCUCUAGUGCAGAAUUGUUCUCGCCUCAUUUGAGCACCUCAUCUGUUUUCUGUAACGGGAAGGGACGGUUUAUCCAAUCGUGUGGGCCUGGGAAAUGUCAAUCAAUUGCUGUUUUUGUAAAAAAAAUUAUAUAUAUAGAGUAGGGUCCAAAAGUCUGAGACCACGUUGAAAAUUUGGGCUUUUUUUUUUUUUUUUUCAUGUACUGACAAAAAUAAACAAAGUUUUAGGAUUUUGAAAAAUGUUAAACAAAUUAAAGUUACUUCAAAGCUUUACAAGAACUACUUGAAGACCUAAGAAGAGAAAGCAGAGACCUUAGCCCCAUUGAACAUUUAUGGGGACACUUGAAGACUGACUAAAGCAAAGUAUUCAGUAACAUCACAAGAUGCUCUUCGGAACAUUGUCAAAUAAUGCUGAGAUAACAUGGAUUUUGCACAAAUGUGUCCAAACCAGCUUGAGUGCAUGCUGCCAUUAAAGCAAAAGUGGGACAUACUAAACACUUAAGAAAUUCUGAAAUUCUAAAUUUUUUUAAAGAUUCAACUUUUUGUUCAAAUGAUAUCUGAUAACAUAAUUUGUAAUUCAAAAGUUUGUAUUAAAUUAGAAAAGAAUGCAAAAUAGAAGUAUUUUCACUGGUGGUCUCAGACUUUUGGACCCCACUGUAUAUAGGCUUAUUUAUUGCGGAAUUGAAAUGCUUGAAUGAGGCAGUGUAACUGUCCACUAUGUGCUAAUUGUUUGGACAAGCCUAAUGUCACCAUUUUCAGGGUGAACUAGUGCUUUUUGAAGGUUUUGUACAACAGGAAGUACAUUUGCUGUACUUUUGUAACUGUCUCCUGCAAGCACCUAUGAAGGGAGCUGUAUGAAGUUAAAUGCUUACCAUUAGCUGCUCCCUGCUUCAUAAUGUUGGCUGAGAGGUCAUUAGCUUUUUUUGUCAAGGCAAAAUAAAUGUGUACCGCAUCCAUAUCAAAUUAUCUAAACUUUUAUUUUGCUCCAAAUGUCUAAUAAUUAAAAGAAUUUUAAGGUUUCCAAAGUGAAAAUGUAUUACUGAAAUAAAGAAGCAUUUCAAAAAUCACUCACAAUUCGCAGAUAUAUGUUGCAGAGAAAUGAUCCCUUUAAUAACAUAAUCAGCUGUCUGAUUAAGUCUGAAUUCUUAACUAGUUGUGUGUUCCAUGGAAACCUAUUGCCAGACAAAAAGGAAUACAUCAGCAAAUUAACUUUAUAGCUUUCUGUAAUGUGACAUUUGUGCAGCUUUUUGAACAGAUUUUAUUGCAAAUAUGGCAUCAUUUAUGCCAUCCAAAAUAUUUUUUUCUUUUCUUAUUUUUCUCAAAAAUAUUGUUUGCAUUCAGGUUUGUAUUUAAUGCCUAUUCAAUAGAAUAUAACAUACAUUCAAAGAGCAACUUGUAUACAGAUCAGCAUCCUGUACAUACAUGUAGUCUGCAUAAUGCUCUCUCUCUCAAUGGACAUUAUCUGCUUGUGUACAAUCAUGUAAUCGGGUACAAAGCAGCUCAGUGGUUUGUUCUUUGAACCUUUUAGGAUCCAGUGACAGGAUAGAAAAAUGUCUACACUUCAUUUUGAGCAAGGAUCAUUUAACCAUGUUAGUGUAGUUGUCAGCCUCUGUGCCUUCAGUAUAAAGAAGUGAGGAACGGGAAGUACAUUGAUUUUGCUAUGAAAGAACACACCUUUGCACCACAAAGUCCACCGCUUCAGAGAGAGGCUAGCAAAGGAGUGGGAAGUGGGCCGAUGUCACAGGAUUUUGAAUCCUUAAGGAACUGCAGCCAGACCCAACAAAUUUGAUUUGGAAACCCUCAGCUGUUGGCACCAGGUAGCACAAGUCUCCUUGCUGGUAAGAAUUUCAGUUUCUUUACCACUCCCAAUUAAAUCUGGCUUCAGUAUUUGACAGCACAAAUUUGCACAUUGUGGGCUACAUUAAAUAAAAAAGUUUUCUUGAAUCUGCUCAGCAAUAUCUGUUCAUUGUGCUUCCUGUUAAGAAGUCCUUGUUCACUGAUGUCUAAAUUGUGUCAAGAAUUUUAAUAUGUUAUAUACUGUUAGAAUGGACCUUGAAAUGUGAUUAUUCUUAUCCCAUGUAUAGCAAUAAUGUCAUGGGUUUAUGAUAUUUAUGAAGUUUAAUUGCUGAUAAUCUCACAUGUAUUUAUCAGCAGCCAUUAAUGGGAAGUAUUUCAGUUUGCUCAAGUUUGGCCUAGAUGGCGGUAAUAUCAAUAUAAAAUCUUCAAAUUAUUGUAACAUAUACUCUUUCAUGGUUGAUUUUCACUGUUCUUUAACGAGUGGGAUCAUGCAAUGGCUGAAUUUACUGAGUGUAUUCAUGGGACAUCUGUUUUUGAGCAUUACACCAUCUUAAAAUGUACUCACACAGUCACCAAAUGGAGGAUUUAAAAGGAGGAUUUAAAAAAAAAAAAAAAACAUGUUGCAAAUUUUACUGAACUACAUUUUUCACUUGUACUUUAAAUAUUGUUGAACUGUUAUGUAUGUAUGAUGUACCUUUUGCACAGAAGUACAAUGGACAUCUGAUAUAUUUGUAUUAAAGCAAUUCUAGCAUACAGGUGUCAGUUAUUCCAGUUGGCUGUAUUUAAACAUUUAAAUGCAUCAUGUUCAGAAUUGUAUUUAUUAUUGUGUUUUCUUGAUUUAUGUAUGCAACUACUGGCUCGUAAGAGAUUGCAAAUGGGCUCUGUGUGAAAAUGUUUUAAAACAGCUGGGGAAGUGAGCUAGCAGUUUGGGCUAAAUUCACAUUAAUUUAACUACAGUUCUCAUGUGCACAUUGUGAAUAAUUGUGCUGCAAUGUUUUACUCAUUAAACUGACUCUCAAUUUCGUGUUCAAAAACUGUUGAAGAUUUAACAAAUUGACUUUCAUAUUUCAAAAUGAUGGAAUUAAGUGCAAGCACAGUGCCACUGGAGGGUUUUUGUAUUAUUUUGAUUCCGAUUAUGAAACCUGUGCAGUGCCGUCACAUUUGUCAACCCAUGUAACCGGUACCUUUAACAACAACCAGUAUUCUGUAUCGUUUUUACAGGCAUUGAUCAUGUCUUGUUGUAUUUUUUAAAAUAAGGUGGCAGAACCAUGCUCUUGCAUUACACUUUUGAUGAUAAAACUGUCCUGGUGGAAUGCUUUGAAGUCCAAAACCCACAAGUUCAUCACAGGUUUCCUGUGAUCUGUUACUGUUCUUUUCCUAAGAAUUCCUAGCCUUCGAUCUGUAGAUUCCAGUCUACAUAUGAUCAAAUGAGCAGGUGAGCCAGUGUGGCGAUUGUUUACAAGAAGCUGUGUUUGCAGAGUGAUUGUGAGAGCAUGUGUGUUGAAUGUGUAUUUUUACUCCUUGGUGUCAUGUGUGAAGACCGUUAUAUGAGACCGGUAGAGUAUGUGCAGAUAGCAGUGGUGAACCUUUUAAAAAAACUUGUAACUGAAGUGUAUCUUGUACAAUAUUCUGAGGAAUAAUAAAGCAUACAUACAUGA